CUGACCUGGUCAAUUAAUCGGCCUCACACCUGCGGCUGUACCCAGACAGUGCAAGUCCGGGGAAGAGGGCCCUCAAAAGGAGCUGGCCUGGGUAGCCAGCUUGAGUGUAGACUUCCCAGCACCCAGAACUAUGAGAAAGCCACCCAGUCUGGGUGAUUUGUGCUAGCAGCCUGAACUAAGAUGAAGCAUUUUCAUGUUCAAGUUAUUUUGGGAAAUAGCUGACUGUUUUCUACAAUUUCUUCACUUCAAGAAAAAAAUCCCUAACUCAAGAAGGUUCUAGAGAAGGACAAAUCCAGCUAUCUAGAUUGCUUUUACCACCAACCUGACAACACAUGGAGGCAUGAGGAAGAGAAUCAUUCUGUUUGUUUCUAUAUUUUGGACCUUACAUGUGCAUGGGGGUUUGAACUCAUCUUUAUCAUUUAUAUGAGGAAACCAGUGAUAAAAUCCUUGGAAAUACAAUGAAACUUAUCAGAAACAUUUACAUUUUUUGUAGUAUUAUUAUGUCAGUGGAAGGCUGGGCUCCAAAGCUGCCAGAAGAAAGGGAAUUGACUACCAACUGUUCCAACAUGUCCCUAAGAAACAUUCCCACAGACAUAACCCCAGCCAUGACCACACUGGAUUUAUCCUAUAACCUUCUUUUUAAACUGGAGAGUUCAGAUUUUUAUUCUUUCUCCAAACUGAAAUUUUUGAUUCUAUGCCACAACAGAAUCCGAGAGCUGAAUAUCAAAAUUUUUGAAUUCAACCACGAGUUAAGAUACUUAGAUUUGUCUUAUAAUAGACUGAAGACUGUAACUUGGUAUUCACUGGCAAAUCUCAGACAUUUAGAUCUUUCUUUUAAUGACUUUGACACCAUUCCUCUCUGUAAAGACACCAGUGGCAUGUCACACCUGGAAACCCUGGGGUUGAGUGGGGCAAAAAUUCAAAAAUCAGAUCUCCAGAAAAUUGCUCAUUUGCAUCUAAAUACCGUCUUCUUAGGAUUGAGAACUCUUUCUCAUUAUGAAGAAGGUAGCCUACCCAUCUUAAACACAACAAAACUACACAUUGUUUUACCAGUGAACACAAAUUUCUGGAUUCUUUAGUGUGAUGGAAUCAAGACUUCGAAAAUAUUAGAAAUGACAAAUAUAGAUGGCAAGAGCCAAUUUGUACGUUAUGAAAUUCAACGGAAUCUUAGUUUAGAGAAUGCCAAGGCAUCUAUUCUGCUACUUAGUAAAGUUGACUUACUCUGGGAUGACCUUCUUCUUAUCUUCCAAUUUGUUUGGCACACAUCUGUGAAAUACUUCCAGAUCCAAAAUGUGACUUUUGGAGGUAAGGUUUAUCUCGACCACAAUUCGUUUGACUACUCAAAUACUGUAAUGAGAGCUAUAAAAUUGGAGCAUGUACAUUUCAGAAUUUUCUUUAUUCCACAGUAUAAAAUCUACUUCCUUUUUACCAAAAUGGAUAUAGAAAACCUGACAACAUCAAAUGCACAGAUGCCACACAUGCUUUUCCCUAAUUAUCCUACAAGAUUCCAAUUUUUAAAUUUUGCUAAUAAUAUCUUAACAGAUGAACUGUUUAAAAGAACUAUCCAGUUGCCUCAUUUGAAAACUCUCAUUUUGAAGGACAAUAAACUGGAGACACUUUCCUUAGUGAGUAGCUUUGCUCACAACACACCCUUGCAGCACUUGGACCUGAGCGAAAACCUAUUACAACACAAAAAUGAUGAAAAUUGCUCAUGGCCAGAAACCUUGGUCACCAUGAACCUGUCAUUCAAUAAAUUUGAUGAUUCUGUUUUUAGGUGCUUGCCCAGAAGUAUUCAAAUACUUGACCUAAAUAAUAACCAAAUUCAAACCAUCCCCAAAGACACUAUUCAUCUUAAAUCCUUACGAGAGCUAAAUGUUGCAUUUAAUUUUCUAACUGAUCUCCCUGGGUGCACUCAUUUCAGUCAACUCUCAGUUCUGAACAUCGAAAUGAACUUAAUCCUCAGCCCAUCUCUGGAUUUUUUCCAGAGCUGCAAGGAGGUUAAGACUCUAAAUGCAGGGAGGAAUCCAUUCUGGUGCACCUGUGAAUUAAGAAAUUUCAUUCAGCUUGAAAAAUAUUUGGAGGGCAUAGUGGUUGGAUGGUCAGAUUCAUACGUCUGUGAAUACCCUUUAAAUCUAAAGGGGACUCAGUUAAAGGACGUUCAUCUUCCUGAAUUAUCUUGCAACACAGCUUUGUUGAUUGUCACCAUCAUGGUUAUCAUGCUAUUUGUGGGGAUAGUUAUGGCCUUCUGCUGUCUCCACUUUGAUCUACCCUGGUAUUUCAAGAUGCUGGGUCAGUGGGUACAAACGUGGCACAGGAUUAGGAAGACAAACAAAAAACAACUCAAGAGAAAUAUCCAAUUUCACGCAUUUAUUUCAUACAGUGAACGUGAUUCUCCCUGGGUAAAGAAUGAAUUGAUCCCUAGUCUAGAGAAAGAAGAUGGCUCUGUCUUGAUUUGCCUUCAUGAGAGAAACUUUGACCCUGGCAAGAGCAUUAAUGAAAAUAUCAUAAACUUCAUUGAGAAGAGCUUUAAGUCCAUCUUUGUUUUGUCUCCCAACUUUGUCCUGAGUGAGUGGGGCCAUUAUGAAUUCUACUUUGCCCACCAUGACUUUUUCCAUGAAAACUCUGACCAUAUAAUUCUUAUGUUAUUGGAACCCAUUCCAUUCUACUGCAUUCCUACCAGGUAUCAUAUCCUGAAAGCUCUCCUGGAAAAGAAAGCAUACUUGGAAUGGCCCAAGGACAGGCAUAAAUGUGGGCUUUUCUGGUCAAACCUUCGAGCUGCUAUUAAUGUUAAUCUAUCAGACACAAGACAAAUGUGUGAAUUACAAACAUUCACAGAGCUGAAUGAAGAAUCCCAAUGUUCUUCAAUCUCUCUGGUGAGAACAGACUGCCUAUAAAACCCCACACCAUUAAGGAAAUUGGGGGCUACAUACAGUGUUGGGCUAUAAAUUGAUAUAACAUUUAUGAUGGCAAUUUGGCAAUAUCUAUUAAAAUAAAAAUGGUUAUUCCCUUCA